AUGCCAUCAAAAGAAUUCCGUCCUGUGAUACGAUUGGUACUUCAAAUUUUGUUCGGGACGAUCCUUACUUCUGCUACAUCUUCUCAUCGUCAUCGUGCUCCAGUAAUCGAUCUUGGCGGUGCAGAUGAAUUGGUUGGUACUAUUCGAGAAGAUCGUACCAUAGUCAGUGUUAUUCCCAAAUUAGACAUUGUUCAUGAAACUGGUCCGGUAUGUCGAUAUGAACUUACAAGUGAAAAUUCCGAUGAUGUGCCAUUUAUAGUUGACGUAAGCGAUGAAAAAGAAGGUUCAGGUAUUGUACGAGUAAAAGAUGACGUACAUUUAGACUGUAGUAAUCCACAGUAUCUUCUUAGUGUGGUGGCAAUUCGCUGUGAUGAUGAUGCCAGAUCAGAAAGUGCACGGUUACGAAUUACCGUAAAGGAUACCAAUGAUCACGUGCCAGUAUUCUCACGUCCGUGGUACACCUUUAAUAUCAGUGAAGGAAAAAUUUACAGCGAAUUAGCUCGAUUGCAAGCAACUGAUAAAGAUUGUGGCCAUCCUUAUGGACAGAUAUGCAGAUAUCAGAUCACAAAUGCAUUGGAUGGCUUUCCUUUUGCUAUCGAUGAUCAGGGUAUUCUACGAAAUACACGACCACUUAACUAUACCCAAGCCAAGUCCUACAUUCUAACAAUUGUCGCCCACGAUUGCGGUAUGCGUCAAUCCAAAUCAACUCUUGUCACUAUCAAUGUUCACGAAGCUUGUGUAGAUGGUAUUCACGGUAUCCCAGAACAAGUUACGUAUAUUCCUGGGUCAGGAAGUGUUCAGAUUGCGCCAAAUGCACAUGUCGUCACUUGUGCGGAAGAGCAAUCGUGUACUUUGGAAAGUGUAAGAAGUAUUCUAACACUGCAAACUGAAAAUUUAACAAACGGAUGCGAUCGCGAUGAAUUUAUUCCGAAUGCAAUUCAGAAUAAAUGUGGAAUGGAUGAAUCAACAAUUGCACUGUUAGCAGCUUCUAGUGAUAGCUCAACCGAUAACAGUGUGACAAAUGACAAAUACACCUUUGAUGGAAAGUCAACUUCUAUGAUUGUAUCACAAGAAAAAGUGGAUGAUGUUAUUCCGUUGAAAUUUACGCUAACCUUUUCGAUGAAACAUGCUCGUGGAAGUAUAGAAGAACAAGCGCUUAAACAAACAAUCUUAUGCGAAAGCGAUUAUACAAACAUGAAUCGUCACCAUUUUGCUGUUUAUACACGUCACUGUAAGUUAGAAAUGUUGAUGCGUCGAGAAAGUAAUGCUGAAGCUGCAUUCCGUGCUGCCGAAUGGCGGUGGAGCAUUCCGGAAGUUUGCGACAAUCGUUGGCAUUCAUAUUCCAUCCUGUUUGCAUCCGUCGAUACGGUUGAUUUAUACAUUGAUGGUCGUAAAUUUAUUGCUACAAAGGAGAAUCCCGAAAUAUUGGAUGAUUGGCCAUUACAUCGUAUCAAAGAAACGAAAACUCGAUUAGUUAUUGGAGCAUGUUGGCAUGGUCGUAAUCACAUAAUGUCACAAUUUUUCAAAGGUCAUUUAGCUUCCAUUUAUUAUUUGCCACAUAAACUUGAACAACCGCAAGUUCUUCAGUGCUCGCAUCAGUGCAAGGAGAAGCUAGAAUUUAAUGCCAUUGAUCAGUUAGUGCCAGGAGAGAAUGCAAUUUUUGCUACGGAUUCAUCAUCUUUCUCUUUGAAAGCUAAUACUGCUGAAGAUUUGUCACUGUUACUUCAACGAGUUACAUAUGGAAAUACGAAAAAUUUACCAACACCUGGAUAUCGUACAUUCUUUAUCAAUACAACUGUCCUAUGCUCCAAUGGAAAAACGCUUACCCUUAAUCCCAGUAAAGGCUCCAUAUUCGUCCAGCAUGAAGCUGAACCUGUAAUUUCAAUUAGUGGAUUAUCAGUUGUGAAUAGUGAUCAACAUCUCGUAAAAACAGGUGCACCAAUGCUUCCCGAAAUUAAAAUAACUGUAACUCAAAAUAUUAAUGGAGAAGAAAUUGAGCGGACAAGCGUAUCAGAACUUGACUGGUGUAAAGUUCAUUUAAAGCCAUCACGAGAUAUGGAUCUCGAAUAUUUCUCAUCUCCAGCUUCGUUAAUCGCUGCUCUUCGAAUUGAUUUUGAACAUGAUAAACAAGGUAUUUUACUGAAAGGUAGAGAAAAGGUGAAAGGUUAUCGAGAGAUUUUGUCAAAAAUUCAUUACUUUAAUACACGAGCUGAUUCAUAUUCAAGAAGAAUUUAUACUGUACAAUGUGCAAUGAGUGGUGGUCAUAUUCUUAGCAAUGAAUUUCUUGUCACGAUGAAUAUCAACACAUCACUGCAAUCAAGUGAGACACCAAUUACUGAAAUUCUGGAUGAUGAUGAAGAAAUUCAAGUGGAUCCUGCAUUUGAUCGAAUUGGUGGAAAUCGACUGCAGAAUUUACUGGAAAUGGAUUUACCACGGCCGAAGGCAUUGAUGUCACAUCAUGGAUACGGUGUGCAAGGUGCUAUCGCAGGAGGAGCAGUUGCUGUAGUUGUUGUUUUAUGCGUUGGUUUCCUUCUGGUUAUGCUAGUGAUUGGAGUACUUAAAAUACGUGAUACUCCACUUCCUUCCAGACGACGACGAAAUCGGCGAAGCACUGAAGGGGCAAUGGAAUGGGACGAUAGUGGUAUGAAUAUAACUGUAAAUCCAUUGGAGGAAGUUGACAAAAAUAGCGCUAAUUUUUCUGACGAAGAAAGCUCCGAUGGUGGAGAAAGUUUUCAUGAUGAGGGUCUGACAGAAGAUGAAGAUGCUGGGCAUGUACUUCCUCAUGUCGAUAAUGAACGACAGAACAGAAGUUUGGAAUGGGACGACACGACUUUGACAAACAUUUCACGUACUUAUCGCGUAUAA